GGCAGGAAGCCGGAAGCGCCGCGGCCCAGCUGAGAGACAUGGCGGGCGUUAAAGCUCUUGUGGCGUUAUCCUUCAGUGGGGCUAUUGGGCUGACUUUUCUUAUGCUGGGAUGUGCCUUGGAGGAUUAUGGUGUGUACUGGCCCUUGUUCGUCCUGAUCUUCCACGCCAUCUGUCCCAUCCCCCACUUCAUUGCCAGAAGACUAUCGGAUGACUCGGAUGCAACCAGCAGUGCCUGUCGGGAACUGGCUUACUUCUUCACGACUGGAAUUGUUGUCUCUGCCUUCGGGCUUCCUGUUAUUCUUGCUCGUGUGGCUGUGAUCAAAUGGGGAGCCUGUGGCCUCGUGCUGGCAGGCAAUGCCGUCAUUUUCCUGACAAUUCUAGGUUUUUUCCUUGUCUUUGGAAGAGGAGAUGAUUUUAGCUGGGAGCAGUGGUAGGACUUUGUUCUGAUAAAAUGCAUUUAAUUUCUUAGAAUUCAUACUAUGUGUCUAUGUGCACAUGCGGCCUUUACUAUGACAUUUAGUAUGCUGGUUUUUUAUACCUUUAUAUCACGUUCACUUUAAGGAAGACUACGUGAGAAAAAGAUUAGUUUUAUUCUCAUAGUCUGCAAAUAGACCUCUCCCUCUACUCAAGGUGAAUUCUGUUAUUUGUUUGGCUGUUCGUAUGGUCACGGUGCCCUCAGAAAGUACAUGAGCACAGUCUAGUA